CAAUUGAAAUUCAACUGCAAUUCUGAUUCAUUUUAUGUCAAUCUAGUGCUUUUCGGAUUAAGUUCUGAAUUAAUUUAUAAGGAUGGGUAAACACGAACCUAUGACCCCGAAGGCCAUUGGUAAAAGGAUAAAAGCCAAAGGCCUACAAAAAUUGAAGUUUUACUGUCAAAUGUGUCAAAAACAAUGUCGAGAUGAUAAUGGUUUCAAAUGUCAUGUUGGAAGUGAAGCUCAUCAGAGACAGCUUCUUCUGUUUGCUGAGAACCCCAAUAAAAUUCUUGACCAGUAUUCUUCGGAAUUUCUUCAUGACUUUUUACAGCUUUUAAAAACUAGAUUUGGUACCAGAAGAGUGGCUGCUAAUAUGGUUUACCAAGAAUACAUCAAGGAUCGACACCAUCAGCAUAUGAACUCUACAAGAUGGUUUUCUUUGACUGGAUUAUGUAAAUAUCUUGGCCAGAAAAAGAUAUGUGAAGUUGAUGAAACUGAAAAAGGUUUAUUUAUCACCUAUAUUGACAAGGAGGAUAUUGCUUCUAGAGAACAAGCGGCAAAAAAGGCUAAGCUGGAGAAAGAUUCUGAGGAUAAGAUGCGAAAAAUAAUCCAACUACAAAUCGAAAAGGCUAAAGCGGCUGAAAAACCAAAAGAGGAAGUUGCAAACCCAGUUGAGUACAAACCAAGUGAAACAACAGUGAAGUUUUCUUUUAAAGCGACAAAACCUACACUCAAACGACUUAAAUAAUCUUUCAUUAAAGAUUCAACAACUAAAAAGUAUCAUUUUCGGAAUUUUGUUUCCUUUCUGACUUCUUGCGCUCUGAAGUUUGAAGUCUUUUCAAUAUUAAUUGACUAACUUGUGAAUAUACUAAAAAUAAAGCUGACCAUUUAUCUAAAAUUGGAAAA